GCCAGUGGCAUUCUCAACUUUUUAUUUCUUAAGCACUUUAUAGCAUCUACACCAAUGGCAUUUCGCAUUUCGCAUUUCUAUGGGACAGAUCAAGUUAACGCUACUACCCCUACGCGAUAAAUGAUAUUACUACCGGACACGGCAGCCAGCGCCAACCAAUGUAACCGGUUGUCCGGCUCUGGGGGUUGCCAAGAAAGUCCGUAAUUAAGACGCCGUCCAUCUUCUCGGGUCUUAAUCUUCUCCAGGGCUCCUAAUUUUGUUCGCAAGGGGGAGAUAACCGCCCUGAGCCUAUUUACAUAUCCGCAUAUCUCCCACAACUCCUAGCAUGUAUCAUCCUAUGGUACUUCUACGCCGUCGCCGAGUUUACUACCUCUUCCCCAUCGUCUUCGUCUUGGUGCUUCUUAGCCCUCCCUUUUGGCCAUCCGUAAGACAAUUCGGGGAUCGCGUGCGUCAAACUUUGCCUUUCGCCUACCAAUGGAAAGUCCAACAAGAUUUCGUGCCUACGCAAAAUGAGCUCGACUGCUUACGCGGCCUUACCCCUCGAUUAGCCAGCGAUAGUGAUAAACACAUAGAUCCCAUACCCAACCAUGUUCAUUUCAUAUACGGUCUCAGUAACCCUUAUAGCAAGCCUAGCGCAGGUACCUUCGACUUUCUCUGCUACCUUGCCAUACGGAGUGCCAUUGUGGGCAUGAAAGCAGAGAAGAUCUCGCUUCAUUACACGUAUCUUGCAGAUCCACCGUCGCCCGAACCCAAUGCGUCCCCUCUAUCGAAUCCAUGGAUACGUCUUUUAAAAGAUGAUAUCGACCUUGUUUAUCAUUCACCCGAAGAGAUGACGGCCCUGAAGAGCUCGCCCGACGCGACCUGGCACGCCGCACAUAUAUCCGAUAUUCUCCGUUUAAAGCUCCUCCAAGAGCAGGGUGGUAUCUAUAUGGAUAUGGACGCCUUCGGAUUCCGACCCUUUACUACUCUUUUAAAAUCGCCACGCGAUAUAAUACUGGGCCACGAGGGCGGAAAUCGUGGGGGUCUGUGCAACGCCAUCAUGGUUGCUCGGAAGAACAGCUCGUUUGUAGCGAGAUGGCUUCGAGAGUAUAACGGUGCAGAUCUUUCUAAGGAGUGGAAUUACCACAGCGUUGUCCUUCCUAAAGAGUUGGAAUUAGAACAUCCGGACGAAGUCUGCACGUUAGCACCAAACGCUUUCUUCUGGCCAACUUGGACGUGGGACCAUAUCGAAUUCAUGCACAAGCAGCUCAGCUCGGACGAAGCGCGUAAGUGGGCAGCGGAGAUAGACAGGAACGGCGGCAGUCUUUAUGAGGAUCAGCUCGCCUACCACGCAUGGAGUCAGAUGGCCUGGGAGAGACAUCUCAGCAAGUUAACUCCCGAGGUCGUGAGAACACGCGACACGAGAUUUAACAUCCUAGUUAGAGACUUUCUACAGGAUAAUCUAGCAGUCCACCAGAACUAGCAGUAGUUCUAUAUAGGCUAGAUUCUCAUCAUAUUACGGAAUUGGCUAGCAUAACGUGUAGUAUGUUUAGUUGAAAAUCCUAGUAUUAGUAUAUGGGUAAGCAUCCCAAAGAGCUGAACGGUUGAACGGCAACCCUAUAGUAUUUUAUCAUCCGUCGCUUCUCGAUAUAUGAUGGGUCUAUAAGAUCUGUUAGGUCCGAUAAGGGCGAUGGAUAAGGGAAUUCGCCCUUUAUUCUGUCUUACACGGCCAUUGGAUGGCACUAGCUCCACAGCAUUUGGCCAGCUAGUUCUAGAGGCGUGUUCCACUUGGGGUUAUCCUUUAGCUAAGUAAUUUAAGAAACAGAUAUAAUUUUGAUAAUGAAAUCAUUCCAACAAAAUAGCAUCUCAUUUGGUGGGCUUUUUGGAAGUCUCAAUCUAUUAACAUAACCUUCCGAUGUAGGCCAUCUUAUAUCGUAUACAUUGUAAUACGGCACGACAACACUACCCACCCACCCAGCACCGAGACAGUCUGAUAUACGACAGCCGAGUUAUGAUGUUAUCUUAGACAAGCUUCGUGCUUAGCCAAAUAUUUAC